GCACCUACCCCCCCCCCCCCCCCAGCCUCUGCCAAUUCUGCACAUUACAGCACAUGGUGCUGUUCGAACAGGAGCGUUUGCGUCGUGUUGCGUCGCGGCAAAACGGACGCCUCUGGUCGAGUCAGGAGGCUUUGAAGCCUCCUAUUCUCGUCUAUGGUGCCGCUCCGCAAACGCCCGGCCGGCGUUUGCGGUGCGGUUGCGGGGUGUUUGCGGAGCGGUAACAACACUUAAAUGCAUUAUAGGCAUUUGUGGGGCGUUAUUAACGCUCGGCAAACGCCUAGCAACCUCCGCUAA